AUGUAUUUAAACCUCCCCCUUCGCGCGCUACUGACGUCUUCCCCCUUUGCGUUCAGGUCCAACUUCACCACGAUCCUCCCGGACGUGAAUGCGUACUGGAAUGCCUACGAGCAGAUUUCAGAGCUCAAUGUGCACCUCAACAUCUUUGAGCGCCUCUGGGCCGCUUGGUACCAGUACAUGGAGAACGAUACGCUCGCUACAGGUAUCAUGUCGUUUGUGAUGCACGAGCUCGUUUACUUCGGCCGCUCUUUACCUUGGAUCAUCAUCGAUGCUAUCCCCUACUUCCGCAGGUGGAAGAUUCAGGAUACCAAGAUUCCUACUCCCGCCGAGCAAUGGCGUUGCACCAAGAUGGUCCUUUUCUCUCAUUUCACCGUCGAGCUUCCUCAGAUCUGGCUGUUCCACCCGAUGUGCAAGUACUUCGGCAUGGACACCGGCGUGCCGUUCCCGCAUUGGACCAAGAUGGCCUACCAGAUCGCGAUCUUUUUCAUCAUGGAGGAUACCUGGCACUACUGGUUCCACCGCGCUUUCCACUGGGGACCGCUGUACAAGUACGUGCACAAGAUUCACCACACCUACUCCGCCCCCUUCGGACUCGCGGCCGAGUACGCGUCACCAAUCGAAGUUAUGGCUCUCGGCCUCGGAACCGUCGGAUCGCCUCUCCUUUGGUGCUACUUCACCCAAGACCUGCACAUCUUGACGGUCUACCUCUGGAUCGUGUUCCGCCUGUUCCAGGCUAUCGACGCCCACUCCGGAUACGAGUUCCCCUGGAGCUUGCACCACUUCUUGCCGUUCUGGGCCGGCGCCGAGCACCACGACGUUCACCACGAAAAGUUCGUCGGCAACUACGCUAGUUCCUUCAGGUGGUGGGACUACAUGCUCGAUACUGAGGCCGGUCCCGAGGCGGCCAAGAAGCGCAGAGAGCGCAAGAUCGCCAAGGAUGCGGCGAAGGCAAGAAAGGUGCAGUAA